GGGGAUCUGAGUCUUUAAAAGCAGCGAGGAAGCCUGUCUGAGAGGAUCCCUGGUCUCCUCUUCUGGAGAGAGCCCUCCGGAGAGGCCUUGUUGGCUCGGGGACGGGUGCCAGGGGCUGAGGCUGAGGCGCCACCAGAGAAUUGAGGAUGAGUCUGAUGUCGCUCAUCCCCUCCUUACCUUCAUCUCCUCAUGUGGUGCUUGUGAUGUGCUUCCCUCCAUCCGUCUCUAUAAGCGCCUGGCAGAAUUCCCGUGUGUAUAUGUUUGUGGGUGUUGGCAUGGUUUUCCUCCCUGACUCCUGGCUCUGGUCUACUCACACACUUGCCGGCAAUCAGCUCAUCACUGCUCCCGGUCUGCACACCUACCUGCCAACUCAUCCUCCUGCAGUAAAUCUUCUCCGGCUCUCCAGUCACUCCUCGCCAGAUUGUUGUUCAACCUCCGUGGAAGAUACACCUCAGGAUCGCCCCCCACCGACCCCUCCUCCACUCACGCCAACCAAGCCUCCACUACCACCUUUUCACCUGCCGCCACUGGACUCCCUCUACUAGCCAUCAGCCACUUCCAAAACUCCCUUUGCAAUAAAAAUCUUUUCUUACCAACACUUCCCUGGUCUGUGUUCUGCGUUUGGGUCC